CUCUCUCACGCAGCAGCGACCAUGGUGCCCGCUCCCACAUUGACAGAUCACAGCAGCAGCAACGCCGCCAGCUUGGCACUUGCAGCAGCAGUUGGAACCGCGUCGAAGCUGGCAACUGCUACCGCCGCCACCACUGCCGCAGCCACAAUCAUGUCCAGCACAGAGGUCAUGCAGCUGGAGAGCGAGUAUGGCGCGCAUAACUACCACCCCCUCCCCGUCGUCUUGGACCGCGCAGCCGGCGCGCACGUGUGGGACCCCGAAGGGCGGCAGUAUCUCGACUUUCUCUCCGCCUACUCGGCUGUCAACCAGGGCCACUGCCACCCAGCCAUCGUCGCCGCCCUCGUCCGCCAGGUGGGAAAGCUGACACUGUCCAGCCGCGCCUUCUACAACUCCCAGUUUGCGCCUUUUGCCGCCAAGAUGACCAAGCUAUUCGGCUACGACAUGGUUCUCCCUAUGAACACGGGCGCCGAGGCGGUCGAGACGGCGCUCAAGCUGGCGCGCAAGUGGGGCUACACCAAAAAGGGCAUCCCAGAGGGCCAGGCAAAGAUCUGGAGUGUCAGCGGAAACUUCCACGGCCGCACCCUCGGCAUCGUCUCGAUGAGCACCGACCCAGAGAGCCGCAACGGGUUUGGGCCUUUCCUUGACGGUGUCGGCCCCUCGUCCGAAGAGGGUGUCACCAUCCGUUACGACCACGCCGAGGACCUCGAGGCAGUGCUUGAAAAGCACGGCAAGCACACCGCCGCCUUUCUUGUCGAGCCGAUCCAGGGCGAAGCGGGCAUCAUCGUGCCCUCCGAGGACUACUUGAAACGCUGCGCCGCCGCCUGCAAGAAGCACAACGUCCUCAUGAUCUGCGACGAGAUCCAGACCGGGCUCGGGCGCACCGGCAAGAUGCUCGCCUGCCAGUGGGACGGCAUCCGCCCAGACAUUGUCACCCUUGGCAAGGCGCUCAGCGGCGGCGUGUACCCCGUCAGCGCCGUCCUCGCAGACCGCGAAGUGAUGCUGUGCAUCCAGCCUGGCGAGCACGGAAGCACGUACGGCGGCAACCCGCUCGGCUGCGCCGUUGCCAGCGCCGCACUCGACGCGCUCAUCGACGAGGACAUGUGCGCGCGCGCCGAGCGCCUCGGCGAGCUCUUCCGCCGAGCGCUGCGCGCCGCGCAAGCGUCGGGCGCCUACCCGAUGCUCGCGCUGGUCCGCGGCCGCGGGCUUCUCAAUGCGAUCGUCAUCGACGAGCGCAGGAGCACACGUGGCCGCACCGCAUGGCAACUCUGCCUGCUGCUCAAGAGCAAGGGCCUGCUCGCCAAGCCGACGCACCAGAACAUUAUCCGCCUCGCGCCGCCGCUUGUCAUCAGCGAGCAGGACCUGCUACGCGGCGUCGACAUCAUCAAGCAGGCCCUCGCCGAGCUCGACACCCUCGAGCACAUCCCUGGCGAAGAGGAGGGUCAUUAGGCCGCAUGGUAGCAUGUGCGCCCCCAAAAGUGCGCAGCCUAGCGCAUGCCAGCAAAGAAACUUGUCGAAAAAAACCCCGAAAUGAAGUACUAAUAAAAAGGGGAAAGAGGGCAGGGUGAGAGUAACAAUUUUCAAAAGAGAUCAUCAGCAGGACUCAGUCAGGCGAAAUUGAAGGGGAAACUCCGACGCCCCAGCCAAGCCUAACAGCAUGCAUACAGUAUACAACGGCACGUUCAAUUCGCAUGUGUACCA